AUGAAACAACUCCACAGUACAAGAUAUUGUGUGUGUGUGUCUCAUUGUAGUUUGGACCAUGGAGAGCCUUUCAGGAUCCGACCAGGUCUACAGAAAUAUUUCUGUGAUCUCACACUGGAUCCAAACACAGCAAACACUCAACUCAUUCUGUCUGAGAACGGAGAGGUGAAAUAUGUGGAACAGCCGCAGCCGUAUCCUGAUCAUCCAGAGAGAUUUAAAGAUAUUCCUCAGGUUCUGUGUCGAGAGAGUCUGACUGGACGUCAUUACUGGGAGGUUGAGUGGACUGGCUGGGCUCGUAUAGCAGUAGCCUACAAAACAAUCAGCAGAGAAGGGACUGUUGGUAAGUUUGGAUACAAUAACAAGUCCUGGUGUCUCUUCUGCAUUAGUGAUGGAUUUUGUGUCUGGCACAACAAUCAGAACAAAAACAUUCCUGCUCCUUCACUCUUCUCUAAAAGAGUAGGAGUGUAUCUGGACUGGCCGGCCGGCAUUCUGUCCUUCUACAGUGUCUCAAACACACACACACUCACACACUUACACACAUUCAACAACACAUUCACUGAACCCCUCUAUGCUGGAUUUAAGGUUUUUGAUUCCUCACUGUCACUGUGUAAGAUUACACAACAGACAAACAACUGACUUUUACUUAUUUCCUAAUCAUGUUCACAUGUCUCUUUAUGAAAAUAUUUUUUGUAUGAGGUAUAUAAUUUAUAAAUUUAACUGAAAUAGUAAAUGCAUGUUGAAAAAUGUUGUUGAACACAUGUAAAAUUACUAUGUCCUGUAUAUUCAGUACCACUUUUUAU